AUGCCUCGCGCAAUAAGAGGCGUUCUCAUCGAAUGCGACCCUUCCAUCAAGUCCAUCAUCGUUAGCAUCGAUAGUGCUAAUCAUGACUACAUCAUCGAAGAUCUCGACGAUGAACGCGUGGUCGUGAAAGAGAACAUGGUCUCUAUGCUCAAGGCCAAACUAGAGGAUCGACUGAAAGAAAACCUCCCCCCUGAGGAAGAGUCCGGCUCUGAAUAG